AUACAGUGAACAGCUCACUCGAGAGAGGACCUUGGAAAGUGGAGCCAUGUGUUAUAACUCUGACAACCCGUGCGAGUGUCUGACCAGCGGCAACCUGUGCGAGCCGUGCAGGACGACCGCCAAGGAUAAGGAGAUGGAGGAGGCGCGCCUCGACAACAUCAGGGCGGCGGGUCAAGCGGACAACACCAGCGAACCGGACCUGAACAUCUCCUCCACCGAGGUUGUGAGGGAGCGAGGCCGGAACUGGGGAUGGAUGCUGUCUGGGAUCAUCUGCUUGAACAUCCUGAUCCUGGGCUGUGCUCUAGUCAGCGGCAGCGCCUCCAGUGGUGUUAAAAUCAGCACCCUGGACCUGCAGGCUUUUCUCAUCGUCCUCCUCCUCCUCACCUGCAUUUGGAUGAUCUAUUAUAUCAUCUACACAGCCAGGACGGACAACGCUGUCACCUACAAGGACGGGCAUGCUGGACCCAUAUGGCUAAGAGGAGGACUACUGCUAUUCGGACUCCUCAGUGUCGUCAUGGACAUUUUCAAGAUUGCCAGCUACGUGGGAUACCUCCACUGUGAUUCUGGGGUGAAGGUUGCAUUCCCUGUGGUGCAAGUGGUCUUCGUCCUUGUGCAGACAUACUUUUUGUGGAUCCAUUCACAAGACUGCGUGCAACGCCAGAAGAACCUGUCACUCUGUGGGUUGAUGCUAACCCUGUCCACCAAUCUAGUUCUAUGGAUGACAGCGGUCACGGAGGAGUCCCUUCACCAGACGACCAUUCCUGACUACUCAAAUGAAACCAAACUCUCAAGACGAAGCAUGUACAUCAGCAGAGCCGGUUAUGGAGAUGACCAGUGCAAGUGCAGCCACACUACAUGUAGUGUCUUCAAGGAGGCCUAUUACUACCUGUACCCUUUCAAUAUUGAGUAUAGCCUCUUCGCCUCUGCCAUGGCCUACAUCAUGUGGAAGAAUGUAGGCCGAACAACACCUGAACACAACCACCACCACGUCAGCUUCAGCCUGAGAGAUGUCUUUAUCGGGCCCAUUUUUGGAGUCCUCUUGGUGAUUGCAGGACUGGCAACGUUCAUCGUGUACGAGAUCGAAAUGAAAACAAACUACAGCGAUGAAGAGGGGAAAGACAGAGCAGUGAUGAUGCACUUCGUCAUGAAUAUAGUUAUAGUCACCAUGAUGUCAGCAUGCACUGUAAUUGGCAGUGCCAUCUUCAAGGUGGAUCACAGGGAGCACGUCUCAGAGAAAAACCCCACGCGCAACCUGGACGUGGGGCUGCUGGUCGGAGCCUCUCUGGGACAGUUCAUCAUCAGCUAUUUCUCCAUCAUAGCCAUGAUCGGCACCGGGGCCAGAGACCACCUGGACAGGCUCAACCUGGCCUGGGCCAUACUGAUGGUGAUCCAGCUGGGCCUGCAGAACUUUUUCAUAAUAGAAGGUCUGCAUCGGGAACCCUUCCAUGAGGUGGAGCCGCCUACCGUGAUGGAAAACCCAUACGUGCUGGAGGAGAACAAAGACGCGAACGUGGAAAAAGCCGAAAUGGACACCAAACCGACCCCUGAAACAGAAGCACACAGCCACAGCGAACACAAACACAAACUACUGUGGAAGCGGAGGGUGUUGAGAGAAGUCUGUGCCUUUUUGCUGCUGGGUAACGUCAUUCUGUGGAUCAUGCCAGCGUUUGGUGCCCGUCCCCAGUUUGACCACGACACCGAGACAGAGUUCUAUGAAUUCAACAUGUGGGCUGCUGUUGUGAAUAUAGGGCUUCCUUUUGGCAUCUUUUACCGAAUGCAUUCAGUGGCUAGUUUGUUUGAGGACUCCCAAGACUCUCCUCUUUUUGGUGAAGAAGAGGAGAACUUCAGGCACAGAAAGUCCAAAGUUAGACAUCCUCUGGCAUCUUUCUUCCACCUCUUCUUCCGGACAAGUGCCAUCUUGGUUUACAUACUGUGCGACGUCCUCAGCAGUCGUUUUAUUGCUUGCAUGGUGACCAUUAUCCUGCUGCUGUCAUGUGAUUUCUGGACUGUCAAGAAUGUGUCUGGCAGGUUGUUGGUGGGCCUUCGGUGGUGGAAUCAGGUGGAUGCUGAUGGGAAGAGCCGGUGGGUGUUCGAGUCAAGAAAGCCAAACACCGUGAACACAACAUCCACCUCUGAAUCACAAAUUUUCUGGCUUGGACUUACGGUGUGCCCCAUCUUCUGGGUCAUCUUUGUGUUCAGCACCAUGUUCUCCUUCAACAUUAAAUGGCUGCCCGUGGUGAUAAUGGGUCUGGUGCUACAAUGGGCCAACUUGUACGGCUAUGCGAGAUGCAAAGUGGGUGGAGGGUCCAACCUGCGAAACAUGGCAAAGGACUACUUCGGAACCCAGAUUUUGAAACAGGCGAUGAAGAAAACUGAAGAAUAAUGAGGCUGAGGAAAAUGUGCGGGGGGGGCAGUGAGGUUGAGCUUGAAUGGGCUGGUAAUAAUGACCUCAUUUCUGCUGAGAAAGAGGCGGGUUUUCUCUAACUAAGUUUCUCUUUUGAGAGGUUCUCAUGAUGUUUUGGGGGAGAGUUGGUGUCACAUAUUGGUGAAGGUAAUAGGUAACGCCUUAAGCUUCUUUUACCGGAAACCCGGAUGAAAGUUUGAAGGGAUGUAACUUUUUGGUAACAUAUUUAUACUGUUUUGCCUUACUGCUGCUGCAAAUCAAUCCUGGAGUGUUUACAGUAACACAAUACUACUGUUUUGUGAUUAAAAUGAAUUUCUUGAAUUUCUUUUUACAUAAAUGCUUGUUAUUAAUGACACUGAAUGAAAUCUUUAAAUAGAUUUAAAAUGUAUCUCUAAAAGAAGAAUUCUUUUGAAAUAGAUAUUCACAGGGGUCAUUUUCCAAACUGUUUUCCAGACUGAGAUUAAACUGUCUGGUCAGCAAUAUUAAUUUUUUACUGAGGAUUCACUACAUUAUUAUAUUUGAGGGACUGUAAAUAAGAUGCAUUUUUAUUAAAGUGUAACUAUAAUGAAUAAAUGAAUACUACUACUAAGUUGAUCUAUCUGUAUAUAAGCCUGUUUUGCUUGCCUGUCCAUGGAACAUUUUUUAUGCUUCUAAUUCUACUGAUUUCAUAUAUCUCUUUUCAGGCCUUUCGGUAAUUAUUUACUUUGUUUUAUUGGUUGUAAACCCAGAGAAAAUUAAUGUGAAACUGAGUUGCUGUAAUUUCAUCAACUAUAGAUUGAAAUGAAAUGCCUGAAAAGGAGAUCAAGAAAAGGUAAAAGAGUGUGAUAUCAGUCGUCCGUCGGCAGAGAGAGUUGAGCCACUAGGAGGCAGUAAGUAAGCGGUGUCCCAAAUCCUUAGUAUUUAUUUCACUGUUUUGUUAACCCCUGACUUUUUAGUGUUACAUAACCUGUGGGAACAGAGGAAACCAAUUGUUGGGGUUUUGCAGGUGGUGUCUGCGUCCUCAAUUUCACCCCACCCCCACAUAAAUGCUCAUAUUCUUCUCUCUGUGAUGCUUUUUAUAUUUUCAAAGCGAGAUCUAGUGUACAGACACACCAGUCGCCUGCGCCCACAUGUGCAUGCGAUGCUCCACAGAGACUUUUUUUUGUGUGUCAGUCUGAUCCAAAGCUGAACUUCACAGUCGUCGUUUCAUGUGAGCACUUUUGUCUGACUGAAACUGUGGUGACUUUCUCAAAAUCAGUCGGAUCGUGUAAAUGGGAACAAUCAUCCCAUAAUUAACAGUUGUCUAAGUUUGCAUUAGUGCUUUUUUUUUAAGUAAAGCUUGUGAACAUUACUUCAACCGGUGUUUGCAAGUGUCCUAGUCACAAAUAUUUUUUUCUAUAGUAUAUGUCUCCGGGGGAAAAAAACAAGGGAGGAGGGAAAUGUUACAUUUUUUUAUUUGUUAUU